AGGCAAUCAUGUUUUCAACCUUUGUCUUGAAUCAUGAUAUACUGCACAUACUUAUUCUUAUCAAAUUCACUUUAUCUUUAAGUGUGGACCAUAAUCUUGUUCAUAAAUAAAUAGAAACUACAUGUACAUGCAUUAAAAUCUGCACUUUAUAUGCCUUUAAAGCUCCACAGACACGACAAAGAACGGUGUAUACUGAAUGAACUGAUUCACAUAUAAAUAGAAGCUGCAUACGGUUUAAUACUGCUUUGUACAUUAUCCAUUUAAACAUCAAUAUACGAGCAGGAAAUGAAUGGAGAAAUUUCGUCCAUGGGAUUUCCAGUUUUCUGAUACAUGGUCGUUCAUGGAAUUUCCAGUUUUCUGAUACAUGGUCGUUCAUGGAAUUUCCAGUUUUCUGAUACAUGGUCAGAGUAAUGGAGUGAAAUAAGUGUUAUUUGGACUAAACUAAAAAGAGGGAAUAUAAGACGAACCACAGAGGAAGAUAUACCUACAGACAUGACAGAUAGAGCUGACAUGGCUAGUGAAAGCACUAAGAUAGAUAUAUUGAAUUUUGAUGAUCGUUUUGCCAGAGGUCAAAGAGAAUAUGAACAUGGCAGGUUUAUAAAUGCUGAAAAAGAAUAUGCAAAUGCAUUAAAACUUGCCAGUGACAAGAAGGAGACGAGCACAUGUCUUGAAGCACUUGGGGACAUCUACUUGGAAUACGGGAAACAUCGAAAUGAUAGAAUAUGCCUGUUAAAAGCAAGUGCUCUUUAUAAUGGUGCAAAGGUGAGGUUGAACACUGAAGAUUUACAGCUGGAUGUACUGAAGACAAAAAUCGCAAAUAUUGAAUGUGUAAUGUUGGAACUGUUGGGAAAUCUCAAAGAUGGCUCCAAUGUUAAAUCAGAUGAGAAAACACAGAUUUACAAAUCCACACUUGAUGAGAUACGAACAAACACAGAGAAAAUGCUCAAUGAUAUCAGCGCAACUGGACCUUAUGAUGCAAAAGCUGAUAUCUCUACAACUGAGAGAAUCAAUGCAGAGUCCAAACACACUGAAAAGGUUAUAUGUGUUGCAACUACACUUGUUGAAAGAAUGAAGGCAAUGAUACAAGAAAUGGUGAAUGAUUGUUUGAACAAUAUGGAACCAAUGACCUUUCCAUGGGCAUUAAUUGGCCU